ACAGUAAUCACGUUACAACCCGGAAGAAAUGCCUUUUCUCUGGUUAACAUUUGAAUAGAUGAGAAUGACCAAUUUAGCUUUUGGAGAAACGGUUAAACGCGAUGCUGCUCCUGUUGUGCAGCCUCUCAUAGUCGUUUUUGUGUCCUAAUCUCUUGGCCAGGAGGUGGAGGCGGUCGACUACGAGCAGCAACGCCCCGAUGAGAGCAGGCAGCCCGUCAGAAGGAGAAAAAUAUCCUCGGUGUGUUUACCAGGCGGUUCAGGGAGGCUGUUUCCCCGCAGUGUGUCGUUAGCUCACCGUGCGGCUGUGCGACUGGUUCUUCAGACGGAGAGGAAACAUGGCUGAGCUGCAUGUUGUGGAACCUACCGGUGCUGGCACCAUAGAGCAGCCCGAGCACCGCGACAUCCGGGGCUCGGUGCGCCUGGACGAGACAGGAGCAUAUCUAAUCGACAGAGACCCCACGUACUUUGGCCCUAUCCUGAAUUACCUUCGGCAUGGAAAACUGAUUAUGGAUAAGAAUCUGGCAGAAGAAGGCGUUCUGGAGGAAGCCGAGUUCUACAACAUUGCUUCCCUGGUGAGGCUGGUGAAAGAGAGGAUACGGGACAACGAGAACCGGACAUCUCAGGGCCCUGUGAAGCAUGUGUAUCGAGUACUACAGUGCCAAGAGGAGGAACUCACGCAGAUGGUCUCAACUAUGUCGGACGGUUGGAAGUUUGAGCAGCUUAUAAGCAUCGGCUCCUCAUAUAACUAUGGCAAUGAGGACCAGGCUGAAUUUCUGUGUGUAGUUUCCCGGGAACUCAACAACUCCACUAAUGGCAUCGUCAUUGAGCCCACCGAGAAGGCCAAGAUCCUUCAGGAGCGAGGCUCGCGGAUGUGAAGAGAUCCUGAGCUUAACAACAGUUUAUCAGCAACAACCACGUUGUUGUCGAACAUUUUCUUCACUUUUCAUAAACCCCCUUCCACCUUUUACUAUCAUCAUCAUGAUCAUCUGCCCCUUCCCUUCUCCUCUGGUGUGCCUUUCCACAGCGGGCGCUGUUGGCAUCCCCCACAAUCCUUCAGUGCUACAACGUGACCCUGGCUUGUCGUCUCGUCUCUCCUUCUUCACUUUGGAAGAGAGACGACGGGUUCAGGGCUUUUCCUCGUUGCAGCUUUUUGUUGGACAGUGUGACAGGAGCGCAGGCUACGACGCUGAUAUUAGCCUCUUGUUGUUCUCAGUUGGACGGACAGAGCUACCAGAAAUCAUCGUCUCCAUCUCCACCUCGAUUCUGGAUCUCCAUCAUCGUUAUCAGACGGGGUAUUUCCUCUUGUCUUACACAUCUGGCUCUGUUGAUUUAGCAGAAACCUCCUCAGGACUCUCAAAGGACAUAAAGGAAUGAAAACACUCCACUUACUGACCGAGAGAGCAUCGACUCCUCUGCAGGUGGAGCCCGAGACGGAGCAGUCGCAGGCGGAUGAUGCACGGACCGAUCACUCAUUAUGAGCUAACCUGGAGCGGCAUCUUUUCCGCGAACCAAGAAGUCUCCAGUGGCUCCUUUUGAUCUGUAAGAAAAGAACAUACAUGACUAAAAAAUGGACUUACCUACACUAGUGUACAAUUUGUCAAGGCAUGUGAGGAAUCUAUAUAAAUCUAUAUAGGCUACAUGAUGAAAUUAUAUGAAAAAUUGAAUGCAAAUGGUGUAAUUAUUGAUUUCUGUAUCAUAGUUGUGAUAUAUUUACAUAUUCUGGUGGUUGAGUCUAUUUAAACAAUGGAGAAAAUAUCAGUUUUCCCACCCGCUAAAACGGGUGUGAAUUUGUGUAUGCAGUGCCUCUCUGCUUUCUGUUCAUCCUGAAAUAUCACCAGUUUUUCAGCUGCACGUUUUCUGUAGUGUUCCUCAAAGAAAAAAGAAGAUAACACCGGUAAGUUUUCUCUUAAAUAUCCAACUUUAAACUAUUGCAUAUCUUAAAAUUGUAAUUAGGGAUAAGGAAAACUACUGUCAUUGUCAUUUGUCCAAGUAAAGCGUGGCGGAGGUUGGACUGUGGCCAGACUGUAUGCUGCCUCAAAACCCUGAAGCACCCCUCUCCUCUCGGGCCUCGUGCUAUUCUCUUUGCCAAUAUUCACUCACUUUGCAGCUGCCUCUUGUUGCCACACCAAAAUGACUGUGUUGUCUUACACUCUGCAGCACUUGUAGCAACCGUGGCGCAAGCUAAACUGUACCGCUCACCACUUAAAGCCCUGAGAUACCUGAGUUUUAUACGCUGUGUAAACAACGCUGCCAGCCGGGAAGUGAGUUCAGUUUUCAUGAGCUCGAGAGCGAAGCCUUAGUAGUUUGGCUAAAGUGUGUUGUUCUUGUGCUUAACAUUAUGUUGAUAUGUUAUUGUGCUGUUUUUGACACUUUCAAAAACACUGCAACAACAUAGAAAUCUUCUGUACACAGGCCAGGAUGUGAGCUUGAUUUAUACUUCCACACUGUAACAGCUGCUUGGUGGUAAAUAAUGGAGUAUAUUACUUUUGCAAACGUAAUGCAUAUAAUGGGGUUAUGGGGGUUACAGGGCUAAUCUAGGAGCAAGUAACCUGCCUGAAUAAUUCAGUGUCAGUUGCCUGCUUUUUUUUUUUUUUAGUAAACUAUUAGUGGCAUAGAAAGAAACCACACUAGCUGUGAAUGCUAACAACAGCUUAGCAAAAUUGUAAUGCAGAAGUAUAAGUCAAGCCUUAAUCUGUGCACAUGUGCAAGUGAAGUGGCUCGUACUAAAGCGAAAACGGUGAUUUGUCAGUUGACAGAAAAUAAACAGGGAUCUGUUUUGGCCAUUUUAGCUCUAGAGUUUUAUUCUUGAGCUCUGCAUGAGUCACAUUUCAGACUAAUCCUUAUUUGUCCUACAUUUGGGCCUUGGUUCAGCCGCUUAGCUCAUCAUUGAACUGAAACAAGCUCCUUUAGCUCCCGGAUCCUGGACUCUAGUCUGAUUGGCUGCCUCUCGUAAAGACAAACUGAACUUUUGGCUCCCUGGGAUUACUUGUACAUAAGCUCACCUCAUUUCAUGAAACUUUAACUCAGCUUGAUGAUAGAACCCACCACUGUAGCACAGUAGGUCCCCUUUAAUCUGCCACAAUUGGAUAUCAAGUCACUUAUCAAGCAGAAAGGACAACUGAUCUUUCAGUUUUCUGCUUUUUCUUUUUCAUAUUUAUGUAAAUUGAAUAUAGUUUGGUUUGGAACUGGAUCGGUGCUUCCUUAAUUUGUAGUUUAUCACAUAAUGAAAAUUGUAAAACAUUUCUGGAGUCCAGAUGGUUCAAAAUGGGUUCAUGGGCCUUAUCAAAAUUGGGUAAUUAGUCACAUUUAUUUUAAAAAGAAAAAUCCAAUAAAAUAGCAAAAUACCUUUUUCUUCUUCUUGGUCACACAUCUCACUUCUUACAUUUUGGCUUCAGAUGGCCCACCUCUCACCUUUUGAGCCUAUUUUCAAUCCUUUUUACUCAAAUAAUCAGUAACUGUUCAGCCAGUAUUCAUUCAUUUGCUUAUGAGCAAGAAAAUCAAUUUUACUAACAGGUGAUGAAGAAAUGCACCUAAUUCUCACACUGAAAAGCGAUAUUCUAUUUCUGCUCCAUCAGUGACUCACAUUUGUUAAUUAAUUAUUAUAUUUAUUUUAUUCUGUCAGUGACUAAUCAUUUCACCAUCUGGGGUAAAUGCAGCUCGUUCAUGUGAGCAACUUGAUGCAAAGUUUGAGCCAUAUUUGCACAUAUCAGAAGGAAAACUGAGAAUCAUGUUGUUCACAUUUUAAUCAAAGAUGAGGAGCGCUCUGUCAUUAUCGCAGACACCUAUUACUGGCAUUGACCCCUUUGGUAAUCCAUCCUUUGUAUAAAGAAUUUAUUUGAUGCAAUUAUGUUGUACCAAGCAUGGGGAAAAAUAAUUUAUUGUAUUGGGGAAAAAUGGUACCUUAGACUUGCUAAAAAUACUGCUAAAAAGGCCCAAACAUGUCAUUCAGAAGCACUUUUGUUUCCUCCCUUGUGGUUUUCUUGGCCCAUUCGAAGCACCUUGGGUGUUGAUUCCCUUCGUUUUUGUCCAGUGUUGUGCCUUUGACCUGUGUUGUGCACAGUUGUACUCCCCUCUUAUCAUAAUGUGCCUCUCAUACCUUAAAAAAGCCAGGAGGCACGUAUCUGAGGUAUCAUGUAUACUGUGGUCUUUUUAUCCUGGUUUUUAUUGUUGGUGUUUCCGUAAGAGGCGAACCAAACGGAAACACUACCCUUGGCGUUAUUUUAUUAUAGGUAAAUUUUACAAAUUGCUGCUUUCUUUGUGCCAUUGCGUUCCAGCUCAAUCCAACCACAAUCUCUCACACUCCUGGAGGUUUUACAUUUCUGUUGUGGUGGUUUGUUGGCAUUGUUGGUGGAGUGGACGACAGGAAGUCCAGUCCAAGCUGGUUUCCCUUUUUUUUGCUCGUAUCUUAGUAAAACUCCAAAAAUGCACUUGGCAAUUAAUUUGAUGUCAAACUUAUUUUAUUGUGGCAGCUUCUUUUCUCCUUGACCUGCAUGCUGACGCUACCUACAAUGGCCCCAUUUUUAAGUGUGUGUAACCAAUAUUUAAAGCACUUAACGUACCCUCGUGAACCCCGGUUUGGUCUCACCAUGGUUGCAGUUUGGUGGUUUCCAACUUGAUUUUUUUUUUUUUUAAACUUUCUUUCAAUGUUGCUUUUAGCCCAAGAGCUUAGGAGUAUCAGUCAGUUUAUAGACUGGAAAUGUUGGUAUUUAAAAUGACAAAAGAGGUGAUUACAUGGCAAACGUUCAAGUACAGAAGCCUGAAAAAAAGCAUCAUCGCAGAUAUUUUGCUGGUGUCGUUAGCUUCCCAUUAAUACAACAAAACUUUAUCUUUUAAUUCAUUAAAUUUUUAAUUCAGCAAGUUAAAAUAUAAAAAAUAUUGUAAAUAGAACUAAAUAUAUCACAGACUGGUAGGGUGGGAGUUUGGGCUAGCUACUGCUAUAAAGGAAAAAGAUACACGGGAUUUAUGAAACAAGAAGAAACAUUUUUAAUGAUAAAACUGCCAAUUUAAAGUUUGUUUAGUAGAUAUUAGCAUUUUAAAGCCAAAAUUAGAAUUCUAAUUAUUCAGUGUAAUGGGUUUAACACAUUUUUAUUUAAAAAACACACAAUCAGAAGAUUCUUUUGGAAAUAUAAAUUUUAUUGUUAACUGCCACCUCUGUGUUAAGCUAAUUAGCUUUUAAGUUCUUGUUAGCAUCUAGGUAGCCACACUAUCUUCAUGUAGUAACUAGCAAAGCUUUAGAUUAAUUUUUUUCCCCCUGAAUUUAAAUAUAAUUUAGCUGAAACUAAACAAAACCACCCGAUCAUCAUGAAACAGAAUGUUAUACAAUAACUUAUUUUUUUAAAUUGUCCUGCUCUACAAUAAUAAUGUCAGCGUUUUGUUUAGCCACUGUGAGAGUGUUAGCGUGUUGAUGUUAACUCUUUGUUUUAUUUCUUGAGGAAUUAAAUAAACUGUUCAGACAAGCUAAAAUGUUUUUAAAAAGUAGAAAUAUGCAACCAAAAAAGUUGGGAACCUCUGACCGAGCUAAACUUGGCAGUGUGUUUAUCUCAAUAUUUUCUUCAAACCAUAUUUUCUUUAAACAGAGAAACAACUUUUGACCUGUUUUUGUUUUUUGU